GAACUCCGUAUUGUUUCUGUUAUCCAGGUUAUUUUUAUUUAUUGUUUUUUUUUUUCCAACUUUGCAUAUUUUCCCUUUGAUUCGCACACUAGGGUUUUUAUUGAUCCCUUUCAAUUCCUAAUUUCCUCGCUGUUCUCAUACUCUGCACUCAUUUUCCCUUGAAGUUUCGAUUUUGACGUCGAUUGAAGACAACCGAUAAUUUUUCCAAUUGUUUAAUUAGGAAUUUUGAGUUUAGGGUGUUUUUUUUCCCGAUCCGAUAAGGAUAAAGGGAAUCAAUUUCCCGAUUGUAAAAACUAGGGUUUUCAACAAUGCCUCCGAGAACGGUGAAGCGUGGCGGCACUCCGGGAAGAAGGGGUGGAAGAGGAGGCCGGGGGCCCUCGAAGGCCGGGCAGAAUCAGCAGCAGCAGCAGCCGAACCCUGAAGCUGUGGAGGAAGCGGGGAAGCUCGAGGAAAAGCCGAUUAUGGAGGAUGAGCCAAAAGCCGAAGUGAACCCUGUUCUUGAAGAGAAACCUGUCGUUGUUGAAGAGGAGAAGCCCUUUGUUGAGGAACAAGCGAUUGAUAUGAAUCAAAUGGCUCCUGAAGCUGUAGAAGAAGCAGCAACAACACACGUGCAUAAUGGAUCAGCUGUGGCGAAAAACGAGGAAGAGGAGGUUAAGGAGUCUAUAGAUGAAUAUGAAAAAGAUGAACGGUUAGAUUUGGAGGAUAAUGAUCCCGAAUAUGAACCGGAGGAAUAUAUUGCAGUUGAUUAUGAUGAGAAGGAAAUUGAACAAGACGAGGUUCAUCAGGUGGUUGAUGAAGUAGAGGAAGAAGCGGAGGAUAAUGGCGGUGAAGAAGAGGGUGACACAGGUGAGGAAGAAGUUGAAGAUGUUCAUGAUGAAAUUGAGGGUGAAGAAGAUGAGGAGCAUGCUGGAGAUGAGCAUGAGCAUGCUGAUUUGGUUGAUGUGGAGGAAGAGGAACACCGUGAAGUUGUAAAGGAGAGAAAAAAGAGGAAAGAAUUUGAAGUAUUUGUUGGGGGCCUUGACAAGGAUGCUACUGAAGAUGAUCUGAGGAAGGUGUUCAGUGAAGUUGGGGUGGUCACUGAAGUCAGGCUGAUGAUGAAUCCUCAGACUAGAAAAAAUAAGGGAUUCUAAACGAGCUGUAGCAGAGCUUAAAAAUCCAGUGAUUAACGGAAAACAAUGUGGUGUAACACCAAGUCAGGAUAGUGAUACCCUCUAUUUGGGAAACAUAUGCAAGACAUGGACAAAGGAAGCUUUAAAGGAGAAGUUAAAGCAUUAUGGAGUUACAAAUGUUGAGGAUAUAACACUAGUAGAAGAUAGUAAUGAUGAAGGAAAGAACCGAGGAUUUGCAUUUUUGGAAUUUUCCUCUCGGUCAGAUGCUAUGGAUGCAUUUAAACGACUUCAAAAGAGAGAUGUUGUGUUUGGAGUAGAUAAGCCUGCAAAGGUUUCCUUUGCAGAUUCCUUUAUUGACCCGGGUGAUGAAAUUAUGGCACAGGUCAAAACUGUUUUUAUUGAUGCACUCUCUCCUUCAUGGGAUGAAGAUUAUGUUCGGGAUCUUCUUAAGAAAUUUGGGGACCUAGAAAAGAUUGAACUUGCCAGGAACAUGCCAGCUGCCCGUAGGAAAGACUAUGGAUUUGUUACAUUUGCCACACAUGAGGCUGCAGUAAGAUGUGCUGAAAGUAUUAGCGGUACAGAGUUGGGUGAAGGUGACAAGAAGGCAAAAGUUAGGGCUAGGUUGUCAAGACCACUUCAGAGAGGCCGUGGAAAACAUAUCAGUCGUGGGGACUACCGCCCUGGUCGUGGUUCUGCAACAAUGGCCAGACCUUCAUGGAGCCGACCUGCACCACGUAGUUUUCCUCCCCCUCGCACGGUUAGGGGAAUUGGAAGUCGUCUUCCACCAGUCAGGCCAGUUAGUGUGAGAGAUAGACGUCCUAUCAUGUCAGUGCCAGUAAGAAGUAGGCCUAUGCCUCCUCCAGCCAGAUCCUAUGAGAGGAGACCUCCUCCUCCUACAUAUCCUAAAGUUAGUACAAAGAGAGAUUAUGUUCGACGUGAGGACAUACCGCCUCCUAGAAGUAGAGUUGCUACAGAUUAUGGUUCAAGGAUGGCCUCUGAAAGACGUCCAUCAUACAGGGAUUAUCCAGCCCGUGGUCCUGCAUAUUCUGAUAUUCCAAGAAGUACGGCUCGUGCUGCACCAAGGAGAGGUUACGUGGAUGAUGGCUAUGGCCAAAGAUUUGAGAGGCCUCCCCCUCCGCCACCCUCUGCACACAUGAGUUACCGUGAAGGACGACCCCGCGACUAUGAUGCUCUCUCUGGCUCAAAACGUUCUUAUGCUUCCAUAGAUGAUGUUCCUUCACGAUAUGCGGAUACUAGUGCUCGUCAAUCAAGAGCUCGUUUGGACUAUGAAUAUGGUGGUAGUGGUUCUCAAUAUGGAGAUGCUUACGGUGACAGGCUGGGAAGAUCUAGUCUGGGGUAUGGUGGAAGCAGCAGAAGUUCAAUGUCUAGUCAGGAUUCCCAUGGGAUGUAUAGCAGUCGACAAGGCAUGGGUUAUGGUGGAGGUUCCUUUGGUAAUAGUGAUGUUGGUGGGAUGUACUCAUCAAGUUAUGGUGGUGAUUACAUUUCACGAGGAAGUGAUGUUGGAGGCAGCUCAUACUCAACUAUGUAUUCUGGCAGGGGUGUGGGUGGUAGUAGCAGUUACAUGGGUGGUGGAGGUGGCUCCGGCUCUUAUUAUUAGGGCUGGCGAAAGGCUUCACACUGGUCACCAGUGUACGUGUCUAUGAACAGAUCUGAUAUACUAAAGAGGCUGCAUAGGAUGAGCUUUGAAGCUUAUGCAGGUUAUGAUGUCUACAAUUUGGAGAAAGGACCUCUGCUAAUUACUAUACCAUAGUUUGGGAAUUUAUCUCGAUAUGGUUGUGUCAUUUCAAGCACUUGGUUAUCCUCUGGAUGGGAUGUUAUCAGUUUUUGAAUUUGUACUGUAUGGACAAGUAAAUAAGAGAUGGAAAGAGUAGUGAGCAGUGAUGUGUAAUUAUACCUUACCUGAUGGAUAAUGUUAAAGACUGCUCCAUCUAGCUUUCAUUUGGACAGAGACCAUGGCUAAAGAUGCCUACUUGUUUGGUUAAGGCUUAGUGGAUUUAUCAAAGUUGGUACCUUGUUUUUUAUAUCUCCAAAAGAUGUUCAAUUACGCUGGAUUACUUUCUUUAGAGUGCUAUGGUCAGAACUGAAGUGAACUAAUUGUUGAGCUAGAAGUAAUAUGCACAACAGUAAUUAAAGUCAAA